AUGGCUUCCAAACAAAUUAUAUUUCGAUAUCUACGCAGUAUUUCUGGACGAACUUCAAAAUUGAGAGCUUUUGAGAGUUUUGGUGUUCCUGCUGUACGGUUAAACUAUUCAACGCAUUGUGCCUUGUGGAAAUAUGGAGGAUCUCUUGGAACACGCAAAUUACAAACACCAUUCAGUUUUCAGCAAGUUCGAUCAAUGUUCAUACAAACCCAGGACACACCAAACCCUAACAGUAUCAAGUACCUCCCAGGAACCUCUGUCUUGGAACAAGGCACAUUGGACUUUCCUAAUUACCAAGCAGCCCACUGUUCACCUCUGGCCAGACAACUGUUCAGAAUAGAGGGUGUAAAAGGAGUGUUCUUUGGGACAGACUUUAUUACAGUCACAAAACUUGAUGAUGAUGUGGAAUGGAAGAUCCUCAAUCCUCAGAUAUUUGCUACAAUCAUGGAUUUCUUUGCCAGUGGACUACCAGUUUUGACUGAUGAACAACCCUCCUCUGAUACAGUUAUUGAAGAAGAUGAUGAUGAAACUGUGAUGAUGAUUAAGGAACUGCUUGACACUCGAAUACGACCCACAGUUCAGGAGGAUGGUGGUGACAUUGUCUAUAUGGGUUUUGAGGAUGGUAUUGUGAAGCUAAAGCUUCAAGGAUCCUGUACAAGUUGUCCAAGUUCAGUGGUGACAUUAAAGAGUGGGGUGCAGAACAUGCUACAGUUCUACAUACCUGAGGUCUUAGGUGUGGACCAGGUGGAGGAUGAAAUAGAUGAUGUUAACAAUACAGAGUUUACCAGACUAGAAGAGAAGCUAGGAGAAAAGUCCAGAGACACGUAGACCUAUUUAUGGAAGUAUCAGCCAAUGAUGAUUUAGACAUAUAUUCUACACAGUGGACCUAAAGAUUCUCACAUAUUGAUUAUAUAAACAUCCAAGACACGGUAUAGGGAGACCAAUGAAUUGAAAUCUAGGUCAACCUACUCAGAAAUUGGGUUUCAUCUUUGAGGAAUAAUCAAACAUUUACCAUGUAAAUCCAACAUUUACCUGCUUGGCUGUUGAGACCUUACUGAGGCUGUUUUCCUAUUAUACAUGUGAUUAUAGUGCCACAAAACAUAGAAAAAGAAUGGUAAUUUUCUAGUACAUAUAGAGGUAAUGGAUGGCAAUGUAUGUAAAUGGUUUGAUAUGAUAUCAAUAUAAGACUUCAGUCCUCUUUCUGACCUCACUGCUUGAGUAACAGAGUCAGUGUCCUGAUUUAUUGCUUACAUAUCUAGUACAUCUAUGCUGCAAAUAUUUUGUACAUACUAGUUUGUACGCAUGCUCCAUUGACAAGUAUUUGAUAUGAUGUUUGACACUGUGUAAAGCCUGAGAUUAUAAACUAACAUAUAAUACCCAUUGGUAGCAGUACAACCACUGCACUUAAUUGUAUGUGUGGCAACUGUACAAUUUAGAGGCUUUAAAAAUCUAAAAUUACUGAUGUAAUGUAACGACAAAUAAAUCCUGUAAAGUACCUUCAUGUACCUCUGUAACCAUGCCUGUUCAUAUACAAAUUAAGCUUAUUUGAAGGGAAACUCAGUUUGUGUGUGUACGUGAUUUUGUGUUUUGGUUGAGUUUGCUGACCUUAUUUCACAACUAUUGUGAUGACAGUUGUUGACUUAGUACAUAUAUAUUGUGUUGGGGCAUGUUUGUUAAGUACAACAAAUUUAAGAGUUUCAAUUCUUUAAUUUGCCAGAACUGUUUAUAUGAGGAACAACAAGAAAUGUAAAAUCUGCCAUGUUCCAUUCAGAGAAAUCUCAGAAAUUCAGGUUACAUUACAGAUUUAAGAGCCAUGACCAAGAUAGCAAAAAAUAGUACACUCACAAAGAUAUUUCAAAUUUUAGUUGAACUCUCCUCUUCAGUGAUUUUUUGAAAUCGUAUCAGAAGGUAUUUGAGUAAGAGGUUUUGUCAUAGGAUAUAUAUUACUUCAGAUGGAUUAUAUAACAAGAUUUAAUUACUUAUUUAAAAAAUGUGCUAUUGGAUAUCAUUUUGAUGUUAAUUUAAUAAAUUGUUUUAUUUUCUUUGCUAUGA